ACGUCAUAUCCGUGGAGUCAGGAAUACCAUAAUGCUGUAAGUGUGUGGUAUGUGAAUGUGUACGCGGUUGGCUGAGAGACAGUGCGUGAAAAAUGGAGCAGUUGGCCUCGGCGGUGUCCAGUGUGCGGGAGCUCGGUGCUUUAUCGUAGUGAACCUGUAACGCACGGGCGAACGUGUCGCGCGGCUGUCCGUCGGGCCCGUUCCUGCCGCCUCACUGACUCACAGGCUCACCUCAGCUCGCCUACAUGACACAUGUCCGCUCCGCGGCACGCGCACGUCCGCGGCGUUAAAUUAAUGUGUCUGGCGGCGUCGUGUGCGCAGCGCUACACGACACGCGUGCGCGAAUUGUAGCUGGUCGCGGGGUGCACAAAGUGACAAAACGACAAUGCAGGCAGAAACGUCCGCCAUGCGAGUGUCGGAGAGCGAAGGCAAGCUGGACAGCCGGACGUCGAGCGCGGGCAAGGGGACCUCCAGGAGCUGGCACUACAGUGACCACAUGGAGAACAUCGACGGCUAUCUGAUGAAAUACACGAACCUGGUGACGGGAUGGCAGUAUCGGUUCUUUGUGCUGAACAACGAGGCGGGCGUGCUGGAGUACUUUGUGAACGAGCAGUCCCGGCCCCAGAAGCCUCGUGGCACGCUGGCCCUGGCGGGGGCGGUCAUCUCCCCGAGCGACGAGGACUCGCACACCUUUACCGUGAACGCCAUCAGCGGGGAGCAGUACAAGCUGAGAGCUACGGACGCUAAAGAGAGACAGCACUGGGUGAGCCGUCUGCAGAUCUGCACACAGCACCACACGGAGGCCAUGGGCAAGAGCAAUGCUUCCCUGAAGCUGCGCAGCUUCUCCAUGGCCUCCCAGGGGAGCACCAAUUCACCACUGUCUCAGCGCAGGUCCAACCAGAACACUGCUUUCCUGAACAUCUCGCAUCUCAGCAGAGGCUCAUCUCUGUACUCGAGCCGCAAGUCCUUGCUGCCGGACCACCUAGUGGAUGCACGGGAGAUGAUGACCCAGGCUCAGGGCCAGCACAAAGACCUGAUUGAGACCAUUGAGGGCCUGCCUUCAGCCCCUGGGCUUUCCCCCCUGGAUCAAGACCUGCUAAUGCUCAAAGCCACCUCCAUGGCCACGAUGAACUGCCUCAACGACUGCUUCCACAUCCUGCAGCUGCAGCAGGUGGCCCGGCAAACACGCCCGCUGGGAGAGCCCACCAUCGAGUGGCUGGAGCCCAAGUUGCCUGACAUCCUGAAGAAUGGAGGCAGCCUGCCGAGCCUGCCGGGGGACAGUGGCAAAGCAGAGAGCGGGGAACUGGAGCACAUGAGUACAGAGCCCCGGGAUUUUGCUGGGGAAAGGGAGGAAAUUGAUGCUGAGAACGAGCUGGAAGACUCCUUCACAGACCAGGAGGACGAUCUGGGGGCAGUGGAGGAGGAGCGUAGUGUCAUCCUGCAUCUGCUGUCUCAGCUCAAGUUGGGCAUGGACCUUACCCGGGUGGUCCUGCCCACCUUCAUCCUGGAGAAGCGCUCGCUGUUAGAGAUGUAUGCUGAUUUCAUGUCCCACCCGGACCUCUUUGUGGCCAUUACUGACGGCACCACCCCUGAGGAGCGGAUGGUCCGCUUUGUGGAGUAUUACCUCACCUCCUUCCACGAGGGCCGCAAGGGCGCCAUCGCCAAAAAACCCUACAAUCCUAUCAUCGGCGAGACUUUCCACUGCUCUUGGAGAGUGCCCAAGUCCCAGGUUGCCAAGUCGGCAGGAGGCAACAUUGUUCCUGGUCCUCAAGGCAGCCUGCACAGUGCUGCACCCGAGGUGUCAGAUUGCUAUCAAGUGCGCUUUGUUGCUGAGCAGGUGUCCCAUCACCCUCCUAUUUCAGGCUUCUAUGCAGAAUGUGUAGAGCGGCAAAUGUGUGUCAACACCCACGUUUGGACAAAGAGCAAGUUCAUGGGCAUGUCCAUUGGGGUCUCCAUGAUUGGAGAAGGUGUCCUGCACCUGCUGGAGCAUGAUGAAGAGUACACGUUCACGUUGCCCUCUGCCUACGCCCGCUCAAUCCUCACAGUGCCAUGGGUAGAGCUGGGUGGGAAGAUCACUGUCAGCUGCGCCAAGACUGGCUAUUCUGCAGCCAUCACCUUUCAAACUAAGCCAUUUUAUGGGGGGAAACUGCACAAGGUGACUGCUGAGGUGAAGCACAGCCCCACCAACUCUGUAGUGUGCCGUGUGCAGGGUGAGUGGAACGGUACGCUGGAGUUCAGCCAUAGCUCUGGUGAGACCCGAGUGAUAGAUGUCACCAAGCUCCCUGUUACCAAGAAACAUGUGCGACCUAUAGAGCAGCAGGGACCCUAUGAGUCAAGGCGACUUUGGCAACAUGUGACUGAGUCAUUACGACAGAAAGACAUUGACAAGGCCACAGAGCACAAGCGCUUUCUGGAGGAGAGGCAGAGGACUGAAGAGAGACAUCGCACUGAGAUGGAGAUCCCUUGGAGGACUAGGUAUUUUGAAAGUGAGGGUGAUGGCUGGGUGUAUUACAAGCCACUGUGGAAAACUGCAUUUGCAAACUCUUGAAUUUCUGUUCAUCACUUUGAACCUUGUUAUGAGUCCUCCUUACAAUUGCUUUGAGAUUGUCACAGCCACAAGGUGUUUUCUUUUUCUGAUGAUUCAAACAAAAUGUCACCUGUAUUAUCAAAAUAUGCUACUGACAUGCUUAGACUGCACAACCCAUGGGGAAAAACCUGACUGUUGGUAUGCUUUGAUUACGUGCAAAGUACAUCUGAACCUGGCGCAAUGCAUAUUUUGUAAUGUAUGACAUUUUUGUAUGACAUUUUGAUGGUCUUUGGAUCAUAUGUUUCAUCAUGUACAUGUAGGUUUAUUCUACUGAUGCUGCCUUACUGCAGAUGCAUUUGGGCAGCAGAGCAGUGCUGGAGUCUGGCAUGGAUAAGGGGGUCCAAAAAAGGUUUUGGCAUCUUAUCAGGGAGUGUGAGCACUUGAUGCCAUACCUCAAAAUGAUCCUAAUGAGCAGUGCAAUUCCCCACCACACCCUUUCAUAUUAACUUGAGCACCAUAUAUAAAUGAAUGAAAUCGCAAGAUGAAGUCAUGGGAGGAGAAGCAGCGUUAGUCAUUUCCUGACACGUCCACUCAACAAAGAUGAUGAGCAAUUUUUUGGUCCUGCUAAAAGAAAUUCCCUGACUCCAAACUUUUGGAAAGGGCUGUUGGUUCACCUGUAUUGUCACAGAAAAAUAUUAGCUCCAGUUGUCUUGCCUUUAGUGUGGCAGGCUAAACAAAUGUCUUGUAAGUCAACAAUCAGUCAGGUUUUGGGCAAGGUGAUACCCACAUUCAUGUUUCUAUACUUUUAGUAAUUUACUAGAAAAACGAAGAAGCAAGGUAGAUUUGCACAUGGCUGCUCUGGAACUAAAAACUUCUUCCAGCGUGCAGUCACUUAGUUUUUGCCCACACUUUGUAUCUUAUGAAAAAGAUUUUGACUAAUGAGCAUGUUACUGUGGAGCACAACUUAAUUUUUCCUCUGAAUGU